CGCCGAUCUCGCCGGCGCUGUCUCGCGGGAGGUGGCUGCGGGGGCCGGCGCGAGGCGAGGCGAAGCGAAGCGCGGGAGCCGCCGCCAUGACCUCGGCGUUGGAGAAUUACAUCAACCGUACUGUUGCAGUAAUUACUUCUGAUGGAAGAAUGAUUGUGGGAACUCUCAAAGGUUUUGAUCAGACCAUUAAUUUGAUUUUGGAUGAAAGCCAUGAACGAGUGUUCAGUUCUUCACAAGGAGUGGAACAGGUUGUACUGGGAUUAUACAUCGUAAGAGGUGAUAAUGUUGCUGUCAUUGGUGAAAUUGAUGAAGAGACAGAUUCAGCUCUUGACUUGGGGAAUAUUCGUGCAGAACCUUUGAACUCAGUUGUGCAUUAAAAGGAAAAAUGCACAAGGACUCUGUAAAUCUUUGGUUGUAUAGACCUAUUUAAACAGCGUGGACAGUUUUUACAAAUUGUGUGCAGCUUGUUCAGUCACCAGUUUUUUAUUAUGAAUAUAUUAUAGUUUGACAUGUAAAUUAAAAUUUCUACGUUUUACUAA